CGCUCGUAUUAACAAAACAUGUGUUUCUGUUAGAAGAGACGUUCCAAUUCACACCAUUUUUAUCGUACACCGUUACAUCCACCGCAACAAAAUCAUCAAAAUAAAGCCGUUAACGCUUGUUCAAAAUCUUAUGUUAUGUGUUCACCACUUUACUCCUUCUACUAGUGUUGCCCCACUUUUUUAAACCACAUUCUUAACCAACCCAAACACAAAACAACCCAUUUUUUCUCUUCUCUAAUACGUGCUUUGGUGCAAAUUAAAGUUACGGAACAAAAAGACAUUCUUUAUUUCAGAUCUGCAACACAAGAAAAAUUGCCUUUGUCUUUCAGCCAAGUGAACAUUAAGCUUAUUGCAGAAACUACUUGAAGUGGAAAAACAUGAAAUUUCUUUACAUUUUAUGCAUAUUGUUGUGUAUAUGGCAAGGAAAUUGUGACCCUGUUGAAGAUAAAGAGGUUUUGCUUGAUUUUGUGAACAAGUUUCCCCCUUCAAGGACUUUGAAUUGGAAUCAAAGUUCUUCUGUUUGUGAUAAUUGGACUGGUGUUACUUGCAAUGAAGAUAGGUCUAGAGUUAUAGCUAUCCGUUUACCUGGUGUCGGAUUUCAUGGCAAUAUUCCACCAAAUACUAUCAGUAACCUUUCAGCUCUUGAAAUUCUUAGUCUUAGAUCCAAUUUAAUAUCUGGGUUUUUUCCAAGUGAUUUUUCCAAUCUAAAAAACUUGUCUUUUCUUUAUCUUCAGUCCAAUAAUUUAUCUGGGCCUUUGCCUGAUUUCUCAGUUUGGAAGAAUCUUACUGUUGUUAAUUUGUCUAAUAACAAAUUCAACGGUACUAUUCCGCUUUCGCUUUCUAAUUUGACUCAGCUUGCUGGUUUGAACCUUGCAAAUAAUUCCCUUUCUGGUGAAAUUCCUGAUAUUCAUUUCUCAAGGUUACAGGUGCUGAAUUUGUCUAACAAUGAUUUACAUGGUACUGUGCCUAAAUCUUUACAAAGGUUUCCUGAUUCAGCGUUUGUUGGGAAUAACAUUACUCUCAGAAAUUUUACUGCCGUUUCGCCUGUGCUUUCGCCGGUUUAUGAGCCUUCUUCGAGGUCUGAGAAACGUGGGAGGCUAAGUGAAACAGCACUGCUGGGAAUUAGUAUUGUUGGCAGUUUACUUGGGCUUGUAGCAUUUGGUUUUUUGAUGUUUGUUUGUUGCUGCUCUAGAAAAAAGUAUGAAUUUGAUGAUGAUGCAUUUGUUGGAAAGUCGAAUAAGGGAAAAAUGUCUCCGGAAAAAGCAGUUUCGAGGAACAUGGAUGCUAAUAAUAAACUGACUUUCUUUGAGGGAUGUAAUUAUGCAUUUGAUUUGGAAGAUUUGUUGAGAGCUUCUGCUGAGGUGCUGGGAAAGGGAACGUUUGGUACUGCUUAUAAGGCGAUUCUUGAGGACGCGACUGCGGUUGUUGUGAAGAGGUUGAAGGAAGUAGCCUUUGGAAAGAAGGAUUUUGAGCAAUAUAUGGAGAUUGUUGGAAGUCUUAAACAUGAGAAUGUAGUUGAGCUCAAGGCAUAUUACUAUUCCAAAGAUGAGAAACUUAUGGUAUAUGAUUACUACAGCCGAGGGAGCGUCUCUUCUUUGUUGCAUGGGAAAAGAGGAGAGGACAAGGUGCCAUUAGAUUGGGAUACUCGGUUGAGAAUAGCUUUAGGUGCAGCAAGAGGCAUUGCUCAAAUCCAUGUCGAGAAUGGCGGUAAACUUGUCCAUGGCAACAUCAAGUCCUCAAAUAUCUUUCUCAAUACCAAACAAUAUGGUUGUGUAUCUGAUCUUGGUCUAGCAACCAUAUCAACCUCGCUUGCCCUACCCAUCUCACGUGCAGCUGGUUACCGAGCACCUGAAGUUACAGACACAAGGAAAGCAGCACAGCCUUCUGAUGUUUACAGCUUUGGUGUGGUAUUACUAGAGCUUCUGACCGGGAAAUCGCCUAUCCACACAACUGGUGGUGAUGAGAUUAUUCACUUAGUGAGAUGGGUUCAUUCAGUUGUACGAGAGGAGUGGACUGCCGAAGUGUUUGACUUAGAGUUGAUGAGAUAUCCAAAUAUAGAAGAAGAGAUGGUCGAGAUGUUGCAGAUAGCUAUGUCAUGUGUUGUAAGAAUGCCUGAUCAGAGGCCUAAGAUGUCAGAAGUUGUGAAGAUGAUAGAAAAUGUGAGACAGAUUGAUAAUACACAGACUCAGCCAUCAUCUGAGAAUCAAGGAGGAGUUAAAUUAUCAUCUCAAACUGAUUAUGAUAACAUUAACUCCCCUUCUUCCACUUCAUCCCCCUUACCAAAAGGAAGUGAAUGAAAACAAAGUAAAGUUGUAGCCUUUUAUUUCAUUUGAGUGUAUCUGUUCCACGUUCUUAACAAGAGCAAGAUGAUUAACUACUGUUAUUUUUGUCAUUUUUUUUUAGCUUCCUGAAUUAGCACCACCUUGGUGCAAUAGUCAGGUUUAUUACAAAUUACAAGCAAGCAUUGCUUUGUAUGUUUGUGUUUGUGUGGAGAUGAAUUAAAACGUGAAGCAUUUUUCACCCAAGCCAAACAACAUACUAAGAACUUAAAAUUU